UAUUGAUUAAAGAUAUUAUAAAAAUAAUGUAAUGUCGGAGGAUUGUUGUAUAUUUUACAGGUUUGGGAGUGAGCGGAACAUAUGGCGUGAGCUUCACAGCCAAAGCAGUUCCGGAAUACUAAUUUCCGACUUGAAAAUUAAAAUAGCUCAGGAGUCGUCUUUGACUCGAGAGUUUGCCCGGAAAACCAAUCUCUUAAUCUCACUAUACGAUGAUAAUAAACCUAAUGAACUAUUUCCACUAGAUGAUAACAUUGUAAUCCACAGCGGCUCUAGGUUAAUUAUUAAUCGUGUGGCUUGGACUCCUUCAAAACCUAUAGUUCACCAGGCGAAAUCAUAUAUAGACGUCACAGUAGGCGGUAAAACACCGGGAAAGCGUAAGCUACCAAUCUCACUAAUAUGCCAACUAUGUCACAAACCAUUAAACCAACCAUAUCUUGUUAAAUGUUCAGCUCGCUGUGGCUGUACUGGAUGCAAAAACUGCCUUGAAGAAUGCCUCGGCGAGUCAUUACCAGAUUUCUACAACACAGAUCCAGAUCAACCUGAUCAAAACACUGAAACAAAGACAAAAGUUGAAAUACCAAAGGAUGAAAAAUCGGAACCUUAUGUAAAAAGAGAAAGUGAUAAAAAUGAUGAAAUUCGUGUUAAAUCUGAAAUUGAUGGAAAUAAUGUAAAAUUAGAAAUUAUGGAUGGGAUGGAGAACUUCGAAGCUCUGGAGUAUAAUUUAGCAUCAAAUGUGGACGAUGAGACUUGCGAGAUGUAUGUGUUGGAGGAGAAAAAGGGCUGUCCCUUUUGCGGUCACGGGUUUGUGAGUGCUUGCCUGAAGAACAGGAAACUUAAUGCGCUUUUGGCAGGCAUCGAUUUAGAGAUUUUUGAAGUCCCAGAAGAGAUUGAAUUUUACUUCCCAACGCCCAAUCCGCUUGUAUUCUCACAUCAGCAGUUUCCUCAACACUAUUUACUCGACAUUCAACAGGAACUUUAUCAACUUGUCCUUGAGAAGAUGCUAAUACCAGUUUUUGACAAUAGUAUACUCGAUGCCACUGUUGUUAAAUAUCAAACCAAUCAAACUUAUAAUAGCGAAAAUUUGGAAAAUUUGGAAAGUAAUGUAAACAGAGAAAAGAUUGUAAAUUCGGAAAAUAAUUUAAAUAGAGAAGACAAUGUAACUACUGAGAAUAAUGUAAAUUUAGUGAAAUCAGAUAGUUUUGAAAAAUUUGAGAAUUCAAAUAUUGAAACCGAAGUUAAUAUAAACUUGGAUGAAAGUGUUAUAUGUAUAAUAUUAGUGAGAAGACAGCCGGAUGUAAUGAGUAUAUGUGGAAUAAUGAGAAUAUUGUAUGAGAUGCCGGAUGUUGAUUUUUUGAAUAAAACAGGUUCGAGAACUUCUCUGAAAUUUGAGUGGAUCAAGCUCAACACAGUUCCAAUGAAUGUGCCCGUGACUAAGCAGCCGUUGUUUGGUCUUUUGGGUGGUAAAAAAUACACGGACGUCUCACUUAACAGUGAAGGUGAGGUGAUGUGGAGGUAUAAAACUGAACGAAUGGUCGAGGUUGGAAUUGAUCCAAAGUGUUACAACUCAAUCCUCUUAUCUCUAUUUAACAAUUUGGACAUUGAGAUGAACUUGGAAAAGAGUAAGAAAAAUUGGCUUCAAACAUUCUUUCCAUCACCUCAGCCUUUAUAUGUUACUGGAUCAGGGAAGGUAGUUAAGGAGUCAGAUAUCCCAGAGGGAGAACAAGUCGACAAGGGGAAUCCGUUUUUAGGUUACGCUGGGCUUCUGCCGUUUUUGAGUAGAUCGCAAUUUGACCAAGUUAGGAAAACCCAGAGAAGAGUCAAGGAACAAUAUUUGAAGGAUUUGACAAAACAGAUAAUGGUAAACACGCACCCAGACAAGGGCAGAAUAUUACUCGAAAAACUCAACCAUAACAUUUGGUUCUCUAACAUCCAAUACGCAUCUUCAACAUGAUUUUAAACUACAUUUUCACUACUAAUUUAAUAAAUUUUAAAAAUUUA